AUGUUUUUCUUUCGUCCGUUUUUUGUUUCAGACAUGCAAGAACAAGAACGUUUUGAACGUUACACACCACAGUUUCCGUUACCAACCGAUAUAGCAAGCAUGUCUCGUCAAGAUACUGUUUGUCAAUUCUGUGGUGUUUCCUAUUUAAUACAUAAUGAAAUAAAAGCACUCGAGGCUAAAUGUCAAAAACUCGAAACUGAUUUAGCGUAUUAUGCUGGUAUGAGUUCACGCGAAGCUGCUCUAGAAAAAUUAUUACAAACUGAACGAACGCGAAUUUCUGAUCUCGAAUCUACUAUCUCCAUUAAUAAUCACAAAUUCAAUGAAAUGACAAGAAAAUAUCAACUAGCACAAGAUCAAUUACAACAAUCAAAAAUUGCUUAUCAAGAAAUCAAGUCAGCAUUUUCAAAGUGUUCAUUGAAUAUUCGAGCAACAUCUAAUCAAAUACAGAAUAUUCGAAGAGAAAAUUCGUAUGUGAAAGAUCUCUACGCAAAAGAAAUUCAAAAUUGGAAAACAUAUUUAGCAACUGUUGAUAAAACAUUGCAAAAAGAAAUACAAACAACUAUCGAUAAAUAUACAAAGCGAAUAAAUAAUUAUCGAAUAGAAAUUGAAGGAUAUCAACAACAAAUUAAUGAAACUAAUAAAUCUUCACGAGAUUUACAAACGAAAUAUCAACAAUUACAGAUAGAAUCAAGAGAAUCUCACACAAAAACACAGAAUGACUUAGAAGCUGGUCAAAAAGAAAUUCAAAUUCAUCAAAAUGAAAUAUCACGUUUACAUCAACAAGUAUCACAAAUCGAACAAACCCGACUACAAUUACAAAAUGAUUUAGAACAAACAAAACAACGAUGUCGACAAUUAGAACAACAAAUGUCAGAUAAAGAUGAGUCAAAAAAGAAUGUUGAUCUUCUGAUUGAUCAAUAUCGACAACAAUUAAUAAAUGAAAAAGAACUUCGAACAAAUGCAGACUCUGAAUUAGAAAACAUUCGAUCAAAACUGAUUAAACUGACAAAUGAAUAUGAACUAUUAAAUACAAGUAAGAAAGAAUUUGAAAUAAAUGAAUUAAAUACUCGACGAAAAAUGGAUGAAACUCAUCGAUCACGACAAGCUGUUCUUGAUCGUACCAGAGAUGAAUAUGAAAAACUAUUACGAAAAUAUGCUGAUCUUGAAGAAGUUUAUCAUGAACUUGUUACUAUUCGAGAAAAAGAUACUUCAGAAUUAGAAAUAAUUCGUCGUGAACUUGAACGUUUACAUAAUGAAAAUAUUGAAUUAACUAAACAACGAGAAACACUUGAUAUUACACAUGAUAUUCAAAUUAAAAAAAUUUACGAUAGUUAUGCUAAAAGAUUGCAUGAAGCUGAACAAUGGCCUGAUCGUCUACAAACAGAAUUGAAUCAUCAACGUGAACAACAUCGAAUACAAAUGAUUGACUUUGAACGUCAACUUAGAGAAAAUUUUGCUAUUGAAUUAGAUAUUGAAAAACAGAAAACAAGUGGUCUUCUUCGUAAAUACGAACAAGAUAGUGAUCAUUCAACGCAAAAGCUUCGGCAUGAAUUAAUUUCAACUGAAAAAGUAUCUAUUGAACAACGACAAUAUUAUGAGCAGCAAAUUGAACAACUUCAACGAGAUAAAAAUGAUUUAAAAAAAGAAUUGGAUACAUUGAGAAAUGCAUUAAAAGAAUUACAUGAACAAACUAAUAAUCAACGCGCGACGAACAAUGAUCGUAUAAAUGGUUUGCAAUUACAAGAAGAUUUACUGGCUAAAGAAACUAGUCUUUUUCAAGCACAAUCAACUAUAACUGAUUUGAAAAAAGAGUUAGAACAAGCACGAGAAGAGAUGACGACUUUACAAGAAACUGUACAUAAAGAAUGUACAGAACGUGAACAAUUAAAAGAUGCACUCAUCGAAGCACGUCAACAAUUAUUAGCGAUGAAAAAAAAUGGUGUUUUAAAUGGCAAAGCAAGUCGAUCUCUUCAUUCUCCACCUGUAGCUUUUGAAGAAAUUGAACGACGUGUUACUGGCCCUCUUCCACUGUCUCAUUCACACAGUCAACAAUAUUCAGCGUUAGCUCAUAAUCAAAAUUCAUCAUUCGUUCAAUCUGAACCAUCGGGACGUGAAAGUAGUUUACCUAGUGCUACUGCUGAUAUUAUGGCUCGACCAAUGUCUUCAUCUCAUACUGUACCAUAUCGUCAUAAAACUCUACCACCUAUUUAUCCACAACAACAACAACAGCAGCAGCAGCAGCAGCAGCAACAACAACAACAACAACAACAACGCCGAAAUGGAAGUGUUCCAUCAACAAAUAAAGCCGAACAGUUACUAGAAAAUCAAAGACGUAUUGCUCGCUUCAUUAAGCACAUUAAAUAA